UUUUUGCAAUAAAUGUAAAAUCUCCUUUUCUCCCUGAGCAACUCUUUUCUGCCUGUUAUAUUCCACCUUGUUGAUAAUCAGUGUGACUGCUCGUUUUUAAGACUUUCUGACUCCUUGUGGCAAAGGUCCAGCCUUGGUAGCUUUGUGUCUUGCUGAAGGGCUUUCCCUCACCUAAUUGUUUUUAGGUCUGCUGCUUCUUUGAAUGUAACUUUUUCUAAUUAUCAUAACAAUUGGAUAACGGGCAGUCUUUCCUAAUCAGGUUUUUUUUAACCACCAUCACUAUCUCAGUGCAGUGUGGGUGACAUUAGUAUUUGGAGAACUAAGGAGGAUGCCAAGGAAACUGCUGUUACCUUAUAAAUCUGUGUUUUCUCACUCUCGAGUUCAAAGGGGGUUGCAUGAUUCUUUGGCAAUGAAUGCAGCCAGAAGUGGCUACCGGGUCUUCUCAGCAAAUUCCUCAGCAGCUUGCACAGAACUGGCCAAGAGGAUCACUGAGCGUCUUGGUGCUGAACUUGGAAAAUCUGUGGUGUACCAAGAAACCAAUGGAGAAACAAGAGUUGAAAUAAAGGAGUCAGUCCGAGGACAAGAUGUAUUCAUUAUUCAGACAAUUCCCAGAGAUGUGAACACUGCAGUAAUGGAACUGUUGAUUAUGGCUUAUGCACUGAAAACAUCCUGUGCCAAAACCAUCACAGGUGUAAUUCCCUAUUUCCCUUAUAGCAAACAAAGCAAAAUGAGGAAGAGAGGAUCAAUAGUCUGUAAACUCCUUGCUUCCAUGCUGGCUAAAGCAGGUUUAAGCCACAUCAUCACUAUGGACCUUCAUCAAAAAGAAAUACAGGGUUUUUUUAGCUUUCCUGUUGAUAACUUGAGAGCAUCUCCUUUCUUGCUUCAGUAUAUACAGGAAGAGAUUCCUGAUUAUAGGAAUGCAGUUAUAGUAGCAAAGAGUCCUGAUGCCGCUAAGAGGGCCCAGUCUUACGCUGAGCGAUUGCGGCUAGGCUUGGCAGUUAUCCAUGGAGAGGCUCAGUGUACAGAGCAAGACAUGGAUGAUGGACGGCACUCUCCUCCAACAGUAAAAAAUACUACGGUGUGCACUGGACUGGAGCUACCCUUCAUGAUGGCCAAAGAGAAACCACCCAUAACAGUAGUUGGAGAUGUUGGAGGUAGAAUUGCCAUAAUUGUGGAUGACAUAAUUGAUGAUGUUGAAAGCUUUGUAGCAGCUGCUGAAAUCCUGAAAGAGCGUGGCGCUUACAAGAUCUUUAUCAUGGCCACUCAUGGUCUCUUGUCUGCUGAUGCCCCACGUCUAAUUGAAGAGUCCUCAAUUGAUGAGGUUGUGGUCACCAAUACAGUUCCUCAUGAAGUACAAAAACUGCAGUGUCCCAAGAUAAAGACUGUGGAUAUCAGCCUGAUCCUGUCUGAAGCUAUCCGCCGAAUCCACAAUGGGGAGUCUAUGGCUUACCUCUUCCGCAAUAUUACUAUGGAUGAUUAAAUUUAUUUUUUUCUCAUUCUGCCAUGAGUUUCCUCAAAGAGAAGGGAAAAUAAUAUGUAUAUGAGCAAGAGUGCCAUAAAGUUGAUAGUGUAUUUUUUUAAGUAUAACAGGGUUGAGUAUUUUGAGCUGAGGUUCACUAAUCCCGCAUGGAGACUGGAUCAGGGUACAGAUAGGAAUUGGAGUAUAUUGUUAAACUAUUUGUAUGAUACUAGUUGUGGCUUUUUGCUCUUGUUAUAUCUUGUAUAUCAUGAGAGGCAAUUGGGGGAUGAGCUUAAAGGCGCACUGAGAUUUUCUCUACAUGCAUAUCCUCAAAUCACAAGAAAGUAUAUUUUUAUUGCCAUCUUUGGAGCCAUUUUUAACAUCAUGGUAGCAGCAAGGUUUUCUUUUGUGAAACGAUUUCAAAUGAUUCAUUUCUAUCAACAAUAACAUAGUAUGAUGCUAUCUGGUUCCAAAGUUGAGGUAAAAAGUUGUAUGUGCUACCUCUUCUUCGUUACAGAGAAUAUGUUGUAAUCCUGACUAGCUGCUUGAAAGAGAAGCAUAGCAAUUCUAUACGUAAUGGUUACUACAGUGUGUUCUAAAAGGUAUAGUUCAAUGGGAUUUGUAUUCUGUGUUUGGGUAUAUAACACAAGAUGGGAUAUUUUAGUUAGAAAAUAUGAAGAACUCAGUGCAAGCCUAUCUUGUGCCAUUUCACCUAGUGAAAUGAACUCUGAUUUUUAGAGUACUAAGUUAGCAAUCACACUCCACAGUACUUUAACACUAAGGUCUUUGCUGGGAUGAUUGAGCCUGUUUUCCAGUGCAGCGAUUCUUGAGCAUUUUAUUAGACAUUAGCUUCUGGCUUGGAAGUGAAAGUAUCUUUCCUUCCAAAGGAAAAAAAAAGUUUCCUUUUUUGCUCUGGUAUGUGUUCCUAUGAUAUCAAAAUUUCAUUACUUGAAUUUCGUCCACUCCAGAGGUCUCUUCUCUGUUGGAAUUUGCUUGAUUAAUUCCUGCAUAGCUUCAGAGCUUCAGUAUAGAAAACUAGAUCUUAAUGUCAUAUCUAUUGCAAGUUGUUUGAAUUAAGACUGAAUUGCAUACAGUAGGAAAAGAGCAUUAUGUUUUCCCUUUUCCACAGAAUACAUCUUGAAUUUUCUAAAAUA